AUGAUGCCACCCGAAAAACUGAAGGUAUCCAAGCGAGAGACUCCAUUUGGACGAGAGCACGCGAGGUAUUCUGGAGAGCCAUGAUCUAAACGCUUGGAGGACGGUCUUCGCUCGCGAUGCCAUGUUCCGCGGAGACAAGGCAUAGAACGCUGCUAUCCGCUUCCGCCUCUGCCCACCAAUCAAAUCACUUCAAGUUGAGACUAUCCGGCGCUGCCCACUUCCGAGUCCUGUUCCUCCUCGUUUGUUGCUUCGCGAAUAACGGCGCUCACUGUCCAAGCUACUGCGAGUGCAAAUGGAAGUCAGGCAAAGAGACGGUUAUCUGCGCCAACCUGAAUCUCACGAUCGUUCCUCGCAAUAUUGAGUCAUCCACGCAGGUGCUCGAUUUGACAGGUAACUUCAUCCGGACUUUGAACAAACACGAAUUCUACCUCCUGAACCUGAUAAAUCUGCAGAAGCUACACCUGGCCAAAUGUAAGCUCAAGUCCAUCGACCGAUUUGCCUUCUAUCGGUUGAUCAACUUGGUCGAGCUGGAUCUCACUCAUAACCUGCUGACCUUUGUACCUUCUGCCAGCUUCGAAUUCAUUCCAGAGCUCCGUGAGCUCCGACUCUCCGGAAACUCCAUAGCGCGCCUCAAGUCAAAUACCUUCGCACACGUCCCUCAGCUGGUUGAGCUUGAAAUGUCUGGGUGCAGGAUAAACUACAUUGAACUCGAUGCUUUCUCAGGUCUGGGAAACACGUUAGAGGUGCUGAAACUCAACAACAAUAAGCUUGUUAACUUAAACGCCUCGACGAUUACGGGUCUCAUCAACCUAAACAGUCUGGACCUGAACAAUAAUUUUUGGAACUGCACAUGCCACAUAAAGCCACUGCGAGUAUGGUUAGCCAAGCAGAACAUCCCCUUGAGCAUCCCACCGACGUGUCACUUUCCACAGCGCCUGCUUCAUCGGCCGUGGGACAAACUGGAACUGGAGGAUUUCGCCUGUAAACCACGCGUCCGACCACUGCACGCUACUUACAUUGCUAACGAAAUGGCCAAUGUAACGCUAGAAUGCGAAAUUUGGGCGGACCCUGUUCCAAAUAUAACAUGGACUCGGCGUGGAAAGGUCAUCGCGAACAGCACCUCGAAUAGCGUCAGCGUGGUCAACCGGCGUCUCUUCGACUUGCACAGGGCCUACAACAUCAGCUACCUGACCGUCUUCUCGAUGGACGCCUCUGACGCGGGCGAGUACGCCUGCGUCGCAGAGAACCGCGGCGGGCGGACCCAAGCAUUGCUCAAUUUAUCUGUGAUAAAAGCCGCUCCGACUUCAGACAAGCAUAGCCUGAUUCAGAGCCGCCUUCUCAUCCACGGCCUUUUCGUCGUGCUCCUCCUGAUAGUGGUUCUCCUCUUCGUGUUCAUUUACGUGUUAGUUUUCAAGAACCGAGUUCGGCUAAAAGCCACCCGGUCGGCCGAGCGGGAGAACUAUGACAAGAUAGAGCUGAACCAUUGCAACGCGUCGAAGCAGGAACUGGCAACGGUAGAGGAGACAACGCGACAUCCCAAACUGAGGCAGUACGUGAGCUUGCCCGAACCUCCGGAUCCACGCUCGCCUAUGGGUAAGACUCCACCCGUGUCUUUCAGAGGGAUUUCGUCUCCUGAUGAGCGAUUGCAGAGGAUUGGUCAAAAUGUGACACGGCAGACUAGAAUCGACCCGGAUAGAGAGCCUGAAACUAGAGAUGCGGCUAUUCGGUCAUACUACGAGGAAAACUUCGGAGAGGUAACGCUGAAGCACCAUGUGCUCCGAAAGGAGUUUCUGCCGUCAGGGAGACUCUACACCACCUCGAAACAAAGCUCAAAAACGUUCCCGGACUUAUUGGAAUCGUCACCUCCAAGUAAUGCGGGUCAAAGACAUAUGUUUAGUACCUUACCUAGGAUGCAAUCACAUAGUUCUCAGAGUUCUCACAGUCGAUCACCCCUUCUGCCGAGUAGCAGUCAAGCAAGUAGUAUGGAGAAUAGCAGCUUAUCCAGCAGAAAUCAUUUAAUGGACCUCGAAAUGGCCAAUUACAAUAAAAGGAAUCUAGCGGUGCGGUCGGAGAUGAACUCCUCGACUUCUUUGAACUUGGCCCCGGAGCUGAGCGUCUACGGGCGGCGCGACAACCCGAGUCUGCCGAGCUCCCCGAUCCGGCACCGGGAGAGGGAUCAACCGCGGCUCGACCCCCUCAACAAGCGCCACUCCUCCCUCUGCGAGACGCCCAUCCUCAAUAUCCUCGAGCCGACGCGCACCGCUUCCCGCUUCUCCAUGAUCGCCUCCACCACGUACGACUACCACGCCGCCCAACUAGAGCGCUUCCUCGAGGAGUACCGGACUCUUCAGGUGGAGCUGACCAAAAUGAAGGAGUCCUGCGACAGUUUCGUGCGCAACAUUGACCGGGAGGAACGUCAAACCGUCAUUUCAAGUGAAGAGUGUGACACCUUCAAUGUGAAGCCUGUCACAACAUACCAUACGGACCAUGAUCCUGGACCGAAGUCAAUACUGAAAAACAAGACUGCGUCAAAUUUCGUUGCUCGCGAGUCAUCAUUUGAGAAAACCCCUCUUCAUCAAGAAAACCCGUGCACUGAGCAAGAGAUGAUUUGGGACAAUGAGACGAGACAAUAUGUUCAUUCGAUGCGACGAACUGAUAUUAACAGGAUUUAUUACAAUAGCUGAGAGUUGUAGAACUGUCAAAUGAGACAAAAACUAUAGACAAGUACCGAGGGCUGAAAUAAAAAAACUGUCCUUCAUUCCGCAUGGACAUCAAUUUUACGAUGACUGUUGUUUUACAAUAGCACAAUAAAAAAGGACCAAUCUCGUAGGCAUGAAACUUUUUGAAGAUACGCAUCAGAUCAUUAAAACAAUUUUAAAACCACGUGCAUACUCACUUGUAGGUAAAUUAUUUUUCGCAAAUUCGUUCCACAGUGCUGCCUUCCCCUUUUGCAUCCUUGAUUUGUGAGUCGUGCUUUCAACUUCCAGAAAAAGCUAUUACAUCAAUUUUGAUUUCCUCCUUAUGUACAAUUUGUUGCAGCUUACUAAACCAUGGUACGAGAAAACUGAUGGUCAAUGUCCAUCAGUUGGUCCUUGAACAGUAGUUUAUCCUUUAUCACGGGUUGGGUCCUCUUGUACAGGAUGUUAUGAAAUGUCCAGAAUUAAGCUGGAACAUCAUAUAAGGCUUUUCUUUUGUAUUUUAGAUUCAGGGUUGUUAUUAUGAAUUUUAAUUUUCUCUAGUGGGAGAAACAAUUUAUUUCUCUAUUAUUUUUAGGUGCUCUUAUUACCCAACAGGUACGGUAACCUUUGUGAAAUCCUGCAUUGAAAUUUCCUUGUCCUCUAACAUAGAAUACAAAUUUGAGGUGUGAAAAUUGAAUUAACUUGGGAGUUAAGGUGCUCUUUUUUGUGAACUAUAUUAAGAAAAUAAUAUGGUGUUUCUUUUUGAAUGAUAUUUUAUACUCCGUUAUAUCAUUUUAUGAUGCUUUGGCCUUCAUGACGUAUUUUUCAUAAUAUUUCGAUUAUUUGUCUUUGUUGCUACUUAAAGCCAAAUUGUACAGUUGUUAGAUAAUUUAUUGACUAUUUUUAUUCAUAAUAAGCAAACGUUUAAAUGUUAAUAAACCUUGUGAUCAAUACAAAAUAUUAUUUCA